AUGUCAUAUAGGUUUAGGGUAUUAAACAAGGAUUUAAAAAGAAGAAUAGUUUGUCUGCCAAAUUUACUUUCCACUUCGUCAGUUGGAAGAAUGAAGAAGGAGGAUGAGGAAGAAGAGGACCUUGUGUGUGGGACGUUCACCUGGAGAAUCAACAAUUUCUCCACGCUGAACAACCUAGGGCAUUAUUCUGAUGUUUUCGUCAUUUGUGGUUAUAAAUGGCGGAUCAUUAUAUAUCCUAAGGGGAACAAAGUAAAUUACUUGUCCCUGUAUUUGGAUGUUGCAGAUGCUUCAACAUUGCCAUCUGGGUGGACCAGAUAUGCCAAGUUCAGCCUCACCGUGGUUAAUCAACUUGAUAGCAAGAAGUCAAUCACAAAGGAUUUAGAACAUGAGUUUGUGGCAAAUGUUAGUAACUGGGGCAAUAAAUUAUUCAUUCUUCUAAGUGAGCUUUGUGAUCAUGACAAAGGGGGCUUAGGACGAGUAGAGAAAACUUUAGUUCCAUUUCUAGAGGAAGUUUGUUCGUCGUAUCCUUCCUUGCUCGAGUGCCAUAAGAAGAGAAGUCGUAUGUUUAUUCAAUGUGCAUUCACAGCUUUGGGCCGACUCUUGCGUUUUCUGAAGACUACAAAGGCCAAGGAUAUGACCCGUGAUGCUUGUAAACGCCUUCAACUGUUAUGGGAAGAGCUUGAGACCUUCAAAUUUGACUUGGCUUGGCUGGAGCCUCAUGUUCAAUUGGUUUUGGUCAUGAAGAAAAGGGCAGAAAGAGUUGAUAGACUGAGAGAAGAUGUGGAAAUUUUGGAGAAUGAAACAAAGAGGCAAAGGGAUGUCCUCGCUGCUGCGGAAAUUGAUCUUGAGGCAGCGAAAAGAGACUUGGCAAAGGCAGAAGAAGAGUUCAAGAAAAUAGAUAUGGAUACAGAGCUAGGCUAUCCAUUACCUUAA